CUAUAUCGUCGCUCCUAACAAAGACUAUCAAAUCCCAAAUAACUGACAAAGAGUUGCACUUAUCAUUUUACGCCGCAAAAAAGUAAUACAUUUUUACCGCGUAAUACUUAUUUAAAUAACUAUUGAGGAUAAAAUAUGCUAUAUUUUAACAAAUUUCAUAGAUCAAAAAUAAAUUUUAAAACUUGAAGGUAAAAUUUUAAAAAUUUUCAGAACUAAAUUUUGUGAUGAAAAGUGCUAGUCUUUACUACAAAAAACUUGUAAUGUGCAAGUUUUUGCGGUGAAUAGUAAAAGGUGUUAGUCUUUGCCACAAAUAACAAUAUUAAUAGCACUAAGUUUUUCCGUCUGUUUUAAUAUUAGUUAUUUAAACUUUGAUAAUUACCUGAAGUUAUUUAAAAUCAGCUCAUGCUUCAGCUUAGAAGCUGUCGGGCGGUGAUGAAGAUUUUCAAGUCCCACCCGUGGUUUCAAACACGACUUUCACUUCAUCUUUCAUAUGACUAUAUGUAUGUAUGCGCAUAUGUAUCUAUGACUAAUUCAAUAGCUGGGAGAGUGAGAGCGAAAGUAAAAGUGAUCAACAUAACACAUGAAAUCUCAGACGCGCCUUCAAGGAUUAUUCUCGUUUUAGCUCAUGUAGUAUAUAAUUUAUAUUCAAUGUGCAUACAAAUAUGUAUCGCUUCUUGUCGAGGCAUCCUGAACUGACUAUUCAUUUCUUUCAGCUGCCUAAAGUUUUUUAAAAUUAUAGCUCUCACUUCUCUGUUCGAUUAUGUGAAUAUUAGCUUUCAAAAAUAAACAGCAAUACCUUAAUUACCGCUAACCUUUAACGUUAAUUAUUUAACUUUUCAGUUUUAUUUCAGAUACUUAAAAAUAAUAGAUAAUUUUACGAAAGAUGCGUAAACAAAUAAGGCAAUAGGCACAGUAUAUUUAUUACUUGAAACAAAAAUUGGAGUUGGACAUUAAUCGUUAUGGGCCAAGUAUUUUUAAUUUUUCGACAUUUUGAGUUAUGAAAUUAUAAUAUUUACAAGAAAAAAUAAAUAGAGAACAGAUUUAACAAAAUUAAAUUCAAAAUAUUUAAGAAUCCAAAUAGACAUAAUAAUAAUAACGAGCAGCUAAAAAACAAAUUAAUUCCAAAAAGGUUUAGCCGAAAAUCUGAAAUCCCAUCCCGAUUAUUACGUUUUUUUGCAAGUUAUCGUGUUGAACAGGCUUUCCUUUCCACGAAAGUAUACAAUUCUAUCACAUCACUUUUUUCCAUAAAUAGGUGAUUUCAUCCCAUUAAAUUAAUAAUAUCAACUCUGUUACUGAAUAAUAACUUAAAUUUGAUUCUCGAAAUCUAAAAACCACUAUAAAUUAGUAAACGUACGACCGUAUGAAAAACAAAUUGUUUUCUUAAUAUUUCACAAAAAGAUAAAUAUUUAAAUUCAUCUGGUAAAAAAGAGAUUUUUAAAGUUUUUAGCAGCAGCCUUAUAGCGAGUAUAGUUAUAUAGCAUAGCAUAAUUAUAUAGCCUUACACCGAAUCGACAUUUCAAUACAAAAAGCGAAAGGUCUUGGACAGUUAUCUUGAAUAUGAGAGUGAUGAGACACUGCAUCGCACAGUUAGUCUAUUUAUAGAAAGUUUGCGUGAAAUUCACACAUAUAUCAAAUUAGAUUGGCCAAGCAAUCACGAUUCUUGGAAGUAGAGGUUUUAUAAGAAUUAAUACUGCAUAUAUGCUAUGCCCUAAGAACGUUGGCCUCAGGGGCUACAGCCGAGCAGUAUGAUAAAAAACAACUCGACAAACCACCGAUCUACGGAGCAUCUAUAAUUUCAUCGGAGGCUCGUGCCGCUCGUAUUGCAGAGUUCGUAUCUUCGCACAAGAUUCCGGAUGAUGUGCAGGACAGCAAAAAUGCCAGACUCUUUGAUAACUACGAGGACAGAGGCGUCCAAGAUCUUAAGGUGCCUUCUAGAGCUCACGUUGGCCAUGAAAAUUUCGCAAGUACAAGUCUUUUCCACGACCACCAGUUAUCGCUCAGAAAAAGUGCUUUGCAGUACUAUGCACGAGACGAGCAGGACAAUACUGCUCGUGAUGGAUACAACAUUCUUGAUGGCGUUCGUAUCAGUUAUGAAAAUCCAACAACAAUGCUGCCUAUCUUAACUACCCCACGAGAUGCAAGACCAUAUGAUUUUGUUCCUGUAAAUAUAAUUCACCAAGAUACCAAAGUAAAUCCCCUUUCUCCAUUCAACAAUAAAAAUUUAAAAGAUCUUAGCGAUACAAGUCUUAUUCCAGCAGGCUCCAACACUAGAAUCCAGGUAAAGAAAGGCCCAAAUGGUAAAGACUAUGAAUACGAGUACGUAUAUUACUAUUACGAUGAGGAGGAUGAGAGUAAAGUUGGUGCAGGGGUUACUGCUAGCAAUUCGCAAGAGGCACCGACAAGAACUUCAGCACCAAACAACUCGAGGCGUGGUAGUAAUUCAAACAGAAACAAAUACAGCACACUUGACAGGGCGAUAACUACAACAACAGUAGAACCUGUCAUUAACGAGGUCAUACCCAGUGGAAAUGGUAACAGAGCUAGACAAUUGGAGGUGGCAGUUGGCCACGAGGAAGUAUUUGACGACAGAUUGCCCACUAAUACUCGUUUUCCGCCAAGGGCACGCGCUAACUAUGCUGCGGAAACUACAGAGCGAGCAAGUCGAGGACGAGGAAACCGACAGCGUACAACUGGCCAUGAAACUGCUGACUUAAGCAGCUUUUCGAGCGCCAAUAAUGCUCAUAUGCUGCAGGAAGGUCCAGAAUUUCCGCAGAAUCUACCAAAUGGACCUGUCAGAUUCCUCGGUGUAACGCCUAACGAGGGAAACGAAGACAAGACUUGGACUUCGACACGCAAUCGUGGAAGACCUCAACGAAUUCUAGAACCAGCGCCUGUCGAAGAAAAGUACGAAGAGCCACAGAGUUUGAUAAGAAAGCGGCCAAUAGGUGGACAAUAUCAAAACGUGGAUCAGUACGACGGAAGUCAGUUCCAGUUGCACCAAAACAGUGAACAUAAGUCGGUGAAUAACGCUUCCACCCUGCCGAUAAACUCGAACCAAACGAAUAUUGCCGAUGAUCGAGACGCGUUUACAGAGGUCAUAAUCGAUGUAACGGACAAUCCAACGACCCAGGUGCCUCAUGCCAUGGACAAGGUUGCAUUAGACCUCUACGCUUUCUUGCAGCAGGGUCGUAGCAAUCUCGUCGACUUUAUUAAAGAGGCCGAGGAUUCAAGCGACAGCACUAAUUCAAGCAGCGACGUUCUGACAACCGAGAUGCCGGAUACAACUUUUUCGGCUACUGAGCCUGACGACGCGGUUGGCCAAACUACCAGCACACCGGCUACAACAAUGCCUACAAGCACUACCAGCAGCACUAGUACGACAACUAGGGUAACAGCCUCCCUGCAUACAAGCUCCCAUGAGCCUACUAGUACUUUAACGCCCAGUCGUACUAAGUUUAGGCGACCAGGCGUUAGUAGUUCAGCCAUUUCACGCAAUAGAUUCAAGUCACAUAGUGGUUCAUCAGCGGUCAUUACUACUACUCAAGUCGCACCAACCGAGAUCGCAAGUCAAACACCAAAGUUUCGUGGUCGCUUUGGAACAAACAUCGCUCCGAGCACUGGGGGUGGAGGUUACAAGCGUGCUAGGCCUUUACUAGACAAAUCUGACAGCAAACCGACCACAGUCUUGUUGCAAGAAAUACCUCUGCAAAAGGAUAGUGUUGAAAAACUAAGUAUAGAGAUCAAGCCAUCGACCGGGCGUGGACGUUAUCGAGGCGGCUCAGCACGUUCGGGAUCGCAAGCUCGGACAACAGUGGCACCAAGUAGUGACAAACAAACCGCAGCUAUCCCCGAUAAGUUAACCAACCUCGGAGGACCAGCCUCGCAUCGAGCUUCUAGCUUUAACAAGCUUGGAAGUGUCAACAGGCGUCGCGGUAACAGGCCCACGAGCCCAGUUUCGAGCGCUGUCACUAACGAGGAAGCUAUGGUAACUGAACAAACUUCAACGGCAAGCUCAGAGCAAGAGAACAUAAGCCAUGGCGAGGUACAGCAGCAAGCUAAUCAGUCACCUGUUAAAUUAGCGAUUGGCGGGAUAAGAGCCAAACCUCUAAUUAAGCCUUAUAUCAAGCCUGGCGCUGGUCGUUUAAAUCUCAGGCCUAGGCCUGGUCAGCAAACAACAACAACGACAACCGAAACUGCUGUCACUGCAACUGAGACCGCCGCAGAUGAGCCCGCUGGCGAAGGAACAGAGGAAGAAACAAGAGAAGCACCGGCUGAAUCAACUCCAGUUGCGCGUUUGACUACGGCAAAUCCAUUAAACAAACUACGUAAUCGCAAUAGGAUUCAGAUCCAUCCCAAGACGACAACAGUCAGAACGCCUCUGCCUCCGGCAUCGAGGCGAUCUCAUCUACUACCGCGUCGCAAGACAACUGAAACUCCCGUAGUUGAACCUGCGGAAAGUUCAACUAGCACUGGCUCUUUGGAGGAAUUGGAUGACUCGACAGAAGGUCAGCCCCAACUGCAGCAGCUACUGCAUACAGAAGCUAUCACCGUUGCUUCUUCCAGUACCCCUAAGCAGGAUGAGAUUCGAGGGCUAAGUAGUUUACUGGCAUCCAGACGUAGGCUAACUCCUAGAAGACCCGGACAACCUAUCGUCUCUUCGACAUCCUCUGCCGAGUAAAAAGUGCUCCAGGAUAAAAAUAUGGGCUUCUUCUACUAUGAAUAUGACUUGUCGCUGACAAGUUUUUAGAAUUUCAUAAAUCUAAUCAUCAAAAUACAUGCGGAUAUAAUUCUAGUGCCAGUGACGAUCUCUAUCUGCGAAAUUGAGAGAGCAACUAGUUACACAAGUGAUUGCACAGACAAUAUUGAACACGGAAAUACUUUUUCUGUCUUCUCAGUUUUCUAAUAUUCAAUUUACACUUUCUAAUAAUUAAUUCUGCUGUUAUGCAAACUAGCAAUUUACCGAUUUCGCCAUGUAAAUGAUUUGCGUUUUGCAGUGCACAUACACACACCGCCCGCAAAACACACUCGAACACACACACACACACACAAAUGCAUACACACAUAUACCCACGCACACACUUACAUACACAUACACACCAAUACACACACAUUUGUAUGCAGGCAGCUGCAUAUUAUCUUUUUUUUUGAAUUUUAAAAUUCAAAAUUAAAAAUCUAUAAUUGUGUUAGCAGGAUUUUCAAACAGUUUUUUUUACAAUACCGAGAAAUGUAAGUUUCUUAGAAAUCAGCUACAUUAUAAUACUGACUGAUCUAAGUUAUAUCAUGCAAACAAACACGAUUUUUUUCUUUGAAAGUUACGUAAUUACUGACCGUAUGUUCCUUUCUUUCUAACUUGAUACAUGUAAUCAACCUAGUUUGUCAAUAAAUUUGCGUGAUAUACUUGACCUUCACUACAAUAAAGGUAUUUUUUCAUUUUAUUAUUUA